AAUUAUGUAGCCAAUUUUAUACCCGUGGCAUAAUUUAUACUAUUAGGCACUGUACAACAUUAAUCUAAACACAAGAAUUCAAAGUCCAAUUUACACAAAAUCUAUUGCUUGAGGGAACACACGAACACUAUGGGUCUAUCUCAAUCGACACAAGGGGAACAAGAGAAUGAACAGCCGCAAAAAGUGAGCAGUCACAGUCUGUCAGCUCAACACACAAAUACUUUACCACUAACCGUGAGUACUCCACACCCAAUAAGAGAACAACAUGUUAAUGAAACGGUCUUUAGUACUCGAUUUUUGGCUAAUACUCGUUUACAACCAACUAUCUGUAUCCCGAAAAUACAACUAGCUACCCAGUCAAAUGUUUGUACUCAUGGCUCUACUUUGAAAGGUGCAAAUAUUCCACAAGUUAAAAGAGUUCAUCAGGAUAGUAGCCUUAAAAGUUUGUUUGCUAGAACCAAGGAUAAAAUGGGCCAACCUAGCUCCACUUUGCCACGGAAAGGUGCUAACAUUCCACCAGCUAAAAAGGUUUGCCACAACAGCCCUAAACAGACAUCUACUAGAAAAAUGUGCCAACCAAGCUCUUUGCAAGAUUCUAGUUGUGCAGGUAUUCCACUAGCCAGCCCUAAACGGGUGUCUACUAGAACCAGGGGCCAACCUCCUAGCUUCACUUUGAAAGGUGCAAAUAUUCCAUCAGUUCAGGAUAGAAGCCUUAAACGUUUCCUUACUAGAACCAGGGCAAAAAAGGGCCAACCUCAAGGUGCAGACACUUCACCAGCUAAAAGGGUUUGCCACAACAGCCCUAAACGGACAUCUACUAGAAAAAGAUGCCAACUAAGCUCCGCUUUGCAAGAUUCUAGUUGUGCAGGUAUUCCACUAGCCAGCCCUAAACGGGUAUCUUCUAGAACCAGGGGCCAACCUCCUAGCUUCACUUUGAAAGGUGCAAAUAUUCUACGAGCUAAAAGAGUUCAGGAUAGACGCCUCAAACAUUUGCUUACUAGAACUAGGGCCAAAAAGGGCCAACCUCAAGGUGCAGACAUUCCACCAACUAAAAGGGUUUCCCACAACAGCCCUAAACAGACACCUACUAGAAAAAGGUGCCGACCAAGCUCCGCUUCGCAAGAUGCUAGUUGUACAGGUACACUAGCCAGCCCUAAACGGGUGUCUUCUAGAACCAGAGGCUCUACCUUGCAACGUGUUACCCCUAAACAGUUGGCUGGUAGCUCACGUCAGUACGAGAGUGAUUAUAGUGAUAGUACAUUUAUACAGCAGUAUGACAGUGACAACUCACAGCAAUCUGAUGGUGACUGUAGCGAAACUGAUGAUGACACAAGACAACAUCAUUUGAUAGCAAGUUCAAGUCAAACAAAACUAAAUUUUAACCAAAUACACGAAACACUUUUCGAAGUCCGUGCAAAAUGGUACAACCUAGGCCUAGCCCUGGGCCUUGAUACAGGUACCCUCAAUAGCAUAAAACUCUAUAAUAAAGAGGAAUGUGAAGCUUGUUUGAGGGACGCCCUAACAAAACAAAAAGAUACCACCAAAUUGACUUGGACAAAAAUUAUAAAAGCUUUAAGAAAUCUUACUGUUGGAGAGAACACCUUGGCAGAUAAAUUGCAGCGAAAGUAUGCACCAGAAAGUAUGUCACAAAGUAGAUCACAGUCUAGGAGUGGACCAACUCCAGAAUGUGUUGUGAGGUACACCAGCUUCCUCAAAGACAAGUACAAACAUAUGUUACCAUUUCCAGACGAUUGGCCACCACCCUUGGAAAAGAAAACUUCAUCAAAACUAGCUCUAAUUGAGAAGAAACAGCUCCAUUUUCCUCAAGCUAAAUACACACGAUCCAUCGAGUAUGAGUACGCUACUGGAAAUGUGGACAAUAUUACUGAGAGAAAGCAAGGGAUUACAUUAGAGCAGAUCUUCAUGCAACUACCCGGUGAUUCUAAAGAAACCUCACAACCAAAUCAAAAAUCAAAAAGGUACACUGUUGUAAUGGACGGAGCGCCAGGAGUAGGUAAAACCACACUCAGCAGGAAGAUAUGCAUUGAUUGGGCACAAGGGAACUUUCUCAAGGACCAUCACAUUGUUAUCCUUAAACCACUAAGGGAAUUAAGAGGUCACAUAGCUGCCACAUUUUCUGACUUAUUCAACUCUGACGACUUUGAGCUAAAUGAAAAAGAAAAAAUCCUUAAGCACAUAAAGAGCACGUUUGGUUCUGAAGUCAUGUUCAUCUUUGAUGGAUUUGACGAACUCAGCAGUAAGCAACGAUCUGAUAAGAAUACUAUUUUCUGGGAAAUCAUUCGAGGGAAUAAACUACACAACUGUUCUGUGCUGGUUACAUCACGCUCAUACGCCUCAGGCCCAUUACAGGAAAUCAACCGUGUCAAUCGAUAUGUUGAAGUGUUAGGAUUCAAAAGAAACGAUAUUGAACAUUGUAUUAAACAGAACAUUACAGACAAGGAAAAAUCAAAGGAAUUAAUACAGAUGUUGAAGGACAGAUUGGAUAUUGUCUCCCUAUGCUAUAUACCUCUAAACUGUACGAUUGUAUUGUAUGUCUACCAGCAACAAGGUACUUUACCCGACACACUCACUCAACUCUAUGAGGUAUUCAUUCUAUACACAGUCAAACACCACAUGACGACAAUGUUUCAGCAAGAAGAACAAAUAAGAUGUGCAAAUAAUAUCGAGGAUUUUCCCGCUACAAUAAUCGAGCAUCUAGACUCGUUGUGUGAGUUAGCAUACACAGGAAUGACUCAAGAGAAGCUAGUCUUCAAUUAUAAGGAAGUCAUGAUCAGACAAAAACUAGAUACAACAUCAUUAUUAUCUGUAGGGCUACUAAACUUAAUCAAGACUUUCAAUAAGGAACAAACAGAGGCUCAUUACUAUCAGUUCCUUCAUUUAACCACUCAAGAGUUUCUAGCUGCCAGACAUCUCGCACGAACAAAGAGCAACAAAGAAAAACAACAAUUUAUUACAUCUAAAGUGCAUGUAGAAAAAUUUAGAAUGACUUUACUCUUUCUCUCUGGAUUGACUAAACUUAAUUUUAUUGCUGUUGAACAAGCCUUCCCAGCUCCGAAAUCUAUAGAAAUAGGUGUGACGUAUGAAUACAAAACAACGGAGAGAUCUCGAUUCUUAUUCUUAGCCCAUUUUCUAUACGAAAGCCAACAAACAACGUACAACUGGCUCUUGCCCUGUCUGGUGACCAAUUCACUCGACUUAUCAGAGCACAGUCUUUCUCAAUUCGACUGCCUUGUCUUAGCCAACUUUCUCACCCUAACUCCCAAAGAUCACGUGUGGGAUGAGAUAAACUUGUCCCAAUGCAGUCUUACUAUCGAUAAAAUUGAACUAUUAGUGUCUAAGAAACAUUUACAAAGAGACAUUCCAGUACUGUGCCUAACUAAACGACUAGAUCUCAGUACCUUCGAAACUGCUCGAAUUUCCCCAAAUUCUUUCAUAGCACUUUUCGGAAAUGAUUCCAAACUGGAAAACAUUUACAUUCCACAUUUGAAGUUAGUGGAAAAAAUAUGCUGCCAGUCACUUUUAGGUGAAACAUUGAUACGAGCACAAAGCUUACAGGAACUAAAAAUGGGAUCUGCUACAUCAGAAUCAAGUUUCGACAGUGACAUUACAUGUACAAGUACAUGCAUAAGAAAAAGUGAAAUACGGAUUGAUACAAUGCAAAUAUGUUCGGGGGUAAUUCAGAACUUUUUCAAGUCUGUUGAACCUAAAAAAGUAAGGACUAUUGCAUUAUGUAAACCAGGCAGUUUUGAGAACUGUUCACAAUGUAGUUCCUUAGGAAGUGACGCUUGGGAGAGUUUUUGCAAUGUUAUCAAAAAUAGUGAGUAUAUACAACAUCUUCAAAUUAACAAGAACCACUUCCAUGCACAAGAUAUCUUAUCAUUAAUAGCAACUUUUCAAAACAAGAGAAACCUACGUACAUUACAAUUCCCAGGAAGCAAAAUAGACAACGAGGGUCUAAUACACUUACGAAAUAACUUGCCACUAAAUGUGCGUGCUGAGAUUUCCACAUCUUAUUUCUCAAAUUUGACAAUGUCUUUACGCAAUGACAACCUCGUUUAUUUUGACAUUGAGCCACGUGUCGAUACGUAUAUAUAUAAGGACAACAAUCACGCAGACAGUCUAUGUGCGAUUCUAACAAUAUUACCACUUUUUUGGUCAACUUACCAUGCGCUGUCACCAACUAAGCAGCGUAUACCACAUACUUUGACAAACGGUACCAUCACUGCUGACUCUCCGUUCAGCAAAGCAAAUUUGCUCAACACCCACUUCACCUCAUGCCUAUCUAACACCACUGAUGUCCUUUCAUCACCUUGGGAUGCUCCUGUUUCACCUUCCCUUGACUCUAUUUCCUGCUCUCCGGACCAGGUGCUUUCAUUGCUGUCUAGGACAAAGUUAAAAACUGCCUCAGGGCCAGACGGGAUAUCUAGUCACAUGCUGCGCAAAACCUCAUCCUCCAUCCAUCAUUUCUUCACGUACCUUUUCAACAAAUCGAUAGAGACGGGUGUCUUUCCUGAAGAGUGGAAAGCCUCUAAUGUAACACCAAUAUUUAAAGCAGGCGACCCCAAACUAGCGUCAAACUACCGUCCGAUCUCAUUACUAUCGUUACUAUCAAAGGUGCUGGAACGCAUUGUUCUUAAUAAGGUAGUGGAGUAUCUUACUUCCAACAACCUUCUUUCAACACUUCAAUUUGGCUUCAGGCGGGGCAGUUCUACCCAGGAGGCAAUCCUCCAUGCUACUCAUGACUGGCACCGCUCAUUGGACAAUGGCUCUAGUGUAGCUGCUGUUUUCUUUGACCUGAGCAAAGCCUUCGACAGAGUCCCUCACCAAGGCCUCCUGAAAACUCUCUGGUCAGCAGGCAUCUCGGGCAGCCUACAUAAGUGGUUUACUAGCUACCUCACAAACAGGAAGCAGAAGGUAGUCCUGGAUGGUCACUCUUCGUCCACCGCCAAUGUCAAUUCUGGAGUACCACAGGGGUCCAUCUUAGGCCCCCUUCUGUUCAGCCUAUACAUUGAUCCCCUAACAAGAAUUCCUCUUUCUCCGGGCUCUCAGCUGUUAUUGUAUGCGGACGACAUACUCCUGUACAGCCCCAUUAGAAAUGAAUUUGACGUCUUGGAUCUUCAAGGAGAUAUUGAUGCCAUAGCCAACUGGGUCAACACUGCGGGUCUCACUCUCAAUCAGUCAAAAACCAAACUGCUACUCCUCUCCAGAAAGAGACAGCCCCCGUCCAUCAUACUCUCUACAAACUCAGGUCAAAUUACACAAGUGAACUCCUUGUCCUACCUUGGAGUUACCAUCACAAAAGACCUAAAAUGGAAUAGCCACAUCUCCAACACCUGCGCUAAGGCAAAAUCUAAACUUGGCUUGUUAUACAGGCACUUCAACCAAGCAGAUCAGUCCACUCUUUCCUCCCUGUACAAAUCACUGGUGCUCCCACUCCUUGAUUACUGUAGCAGUGUGUGGGACCCCUCUUCUUCUUGUGCCAUCAAUCAGUUGGAGUCGGUUAAGAAGUUUGGAGCGCGACUCUGUACCAAACGCUGGUCAGAUCAAUACUUACCUCUGUUAGCUAGUUUAUCUUGGCCCUCUCUGAGCACAAGACGGUCUCAACAGAAAGUAACUCUGUGCUGCAGGAUCAUCAGGGGGGAAUCAAUUCUCCACUCAUCAAGGUUCACACCCAAUCCGAAACCUAACCCUCGGCAUUACCAUCAUGACCAACCUCUACUUAUCCCCUUUGCCAAAACACUGUCAUAUCAAUCAUCAUUUCGUAAAUGUGGUUCCACUCUGGAAUUCCCUACCAAGCAGUGCUGUCUCUGCAAGUAGUUUACUUAG